GCGGCGGUGCGGUGCGCUUGCGUACUGAGAGCUCACACCAUAUGUGCCCUGUCCGGUGCGCGGUCUGUGAAGAACUGGGUGCGAGAGGCUGCAGUGUUGGGGGGAACCGAGCCGAACGGAAACCAAAGUCGGCCGGGGGACUGUGGGUUUGUGAGAGACCGAACCGGGGCCACUAGCGCCGCUGACACACGAUGGGGAAGAAGCAGAAAAACAAGAGCGAAGACAGUGCCAAGGAUGACAUUGAUCUUGAUGCCUUGGCUGCAGAAAUAGAAGGAGCUGGUGCUGCCAAGGAGCAAGAAUCUCAAAAGCCAAAGGGGAAGAAGAAAAAGGAGAAAAAAAGACAAGAUUUUGAUGAAGAUGAUAUCCUGAAAGAACUGGAAGAAUUGUCUUGGGAAGCUCAAGGCAUCAAAGCUGACAGAGAAACCGCUGCAGUAAAGCCAACAGAAAAUAAUGAAGAAGAAUCUGCCUCAAAACAAGAUAAAAAAAAGAAAGGGCACAAAGGCAAAAAACAAAGUUUUGAUGAUAAUGAUAGUGAAGAAUUGGAAGAUAAAGACUCAAAAUCAAAAAAGACUGCAAAACCAAAAGUGGAAGUGAGCUCUGGGAGUGAUGAUGAUGAUUUUAAUAAACUUUCUAAAAAAGCUAAGGGGAAAGCUCAAAAAUUAAAUAAGAAGUGGGAUGGGUCAGAAGAGGAUGAGGAUAGCAGUAAAAGAAUUAAAGAGCGUUCCAGAGUAAAUUCUUCAGGUGAAAGUGGUGAUGAAUCGGAUGAAUUUUUGCAAUCCAGAAAAGGACAGAAAAAAAAUCAAAAAAAUAAGCCAGGUCCUGAUGUGGAAAGUGGGAAUGAAGAUGAUGGCUCCUCCUUCAAAAUUAAGACCGUUGCCCAAAAGAAGGCAGAAAAGAAAGAGCGUGAGAGAAAAAAGCGAGAUGAAGAAAAGGCAAAACUACGGAAGCUGAAAGAAAAAGAAGAGUUAGAAACUGGUAAAAAGGAUCAGAGUAAACCAAAAGAACCUCAAAAGAAAUCUGAAGAGGAACCUGUGAAAUCCAAAGUGACUCUUGAUACUGGAGCAACUGAAGAGAAAGGAGAGGCUUCCACAGUUGCCGAAGAUGAAAAUGAAGGAGACAGAAAGAAAAAAGACAAAAAGAAAAAGAAAGGAGAAAAGGAAGAAAAAGAGAAGGAGAAGAAAAAAGGACCUAGCAAAGCCACAGUUAAAGCUAUGCAGGAAGCUCUGGCUAAGCUUAAAGAAGAAGAAGAAAGACAGAAGAGAGAAGAGGAAGAACGUAUAAAACGGCUGGAAGAAUUAGAAGCCAAGCGUAAAGAAGAGGAAAGACUGGAACAAGAAAAAAGAGAAAGGAAAAAGCAAAAAGAAAAAGAGAGAAAAGAACGCUUAAAAAAAGAAGGGAAACUUUUAACUAAAUCCCAGAGGGAAGCCAGAGCCAGAGCUGAAGCUACGCUUAAACUUCUACAAGCUCAGGGUGUUGAAGUGCCAUCGAAAGAUUCUUUGCCAAAGAAAAGGCCAGUUUAUGAAGAUAAAAAAAAGAAAAAAACACUACAGCAGCUAGAAAAUAAAGAAGUAUCUGAACAAAUAGAAUUAAGUGCUACUGUAGAAGUUGUGGAACAAGUACCAGAAAAAGAAGUGACACCACCUCCUGUUGAACCAGAAGAGGAAGAAGAAACUGAAGAUGCUGGAUUGGAUGAUUGGGAAGCUAUGGCCAGUGAUGAGGAGAGAGAAAAAGAAGGGAACACGGUACAUAUAGAAGUAAAAGAAAACCCUGAAGAGGAGGAGGAGGAGGAGGAGGAGGAGGAGGAAGAAGAAGAAGAAGAGGAAGAAGAGAGUGAAGAGGAAGAAGAAGAAGGAGAAAGUGAAGGAAGUGGAGGUGAUGAAGAUGAAAAGGUGUCAGAUGAGAAAGAUGCUGGGAAAAUGUUAGAUAAAAAGCCAAGUAAAGAAAUGAGUUCAGAAUCUGAAUAUGACUCUGAUGAUGAUCGAACUAAAGAAGAAAGAGCUUAUGAUAAAGCAAAACGGAGGAUUGAGAAACGACGACUUGAACAUAGUAAAAAUGUAAAUAUGGAAAAGCUACGGGCCCCUGUUAUUUGUGUACUUGGACAUGUGGAUACAGGGAAGACAAAAAUUCUAGAUAAACUCCGUCACACACAUGUGCAAGAUGGUGAAGCAGGUGGUAUCACACAGCAAAUUGGGGCCACCAAUGUUCCCCUUGAAGCUAUUAAUGAACAGACUAAGAUGAUUAAAAAUUUUGAUAGAGAGAAUGUGAGGAUUCCUGGCAUGUUGAUUAUUGAUACUCCAGGGCAUGAGUCUUUCAGUAAUCUGAGAAACAGAGGAAGCUCUCUUUGUGAUAUUGCCAUUUUAGUUGUUGAUAUUAUGCAUGGUUUGGAGCCUCAGACAAUUGAAUCUAUCAACCUUUUGAAAUCUAAAAAAUGUCCCUUCAUUGUUGCACUCAAUAAGAUUGAUAGGUUGUAUGAUUGGAAAAAGAGCCCCGACUCUGAUGUGGCUGCUACUUUAAAGAAGCAGAAGAAGAAUACAAAAGAUGAAUUUGAGGAGCGAGCAAAGGCUAUUAUUGUGGAAUUUGCACAGCAGGGUUUGAAUGCAGCCUUGUUCUAUGAGAACAAAGAUCCCCGCACUUUUGUGUCCUUGGUACCUACCUCUGCACAUACUG